CUAAAAAGGGUGGCGAAGAUAUCUUCUGGGUCAUUGGCAGAUCGCGUAUGGCUCAUAAGGAUGGCUGGUGGUCCGUCGAAGAUGACUUGCUGAUGAAGAAUGCCAUUCGAACAAGCAGUUACAAAAACAAUCACACAUCGGCACAACCCCUGAAGAGGAAGCUCUAUUAUGGGCUGUCGCCCUUCAAAAGGCUCUAUUGGGAGUCAAAAAUCAAAAGGCAAGCAGCCACAUCUGCUACAAGAAAUCAAGGACCACAAAGGAGGAAUCAACUGCAUGGUGCUCAGUGACGAUGGAUCUUUGCUGGUAACAGGCAGUGAUGACAAGACAGCCCGCAUGUUUAGCACACUUUCAGAUCCAACAGAAUGCUUGGGAGUCUUGGAAGGACACACUGGUUAUAUCACCUGUUGUGCUGUUCGAGAACAGUUUGUCCUAACAGGAUCAUCGGAUUCGACUGUUCGUAAGUGGUUCAUAGCAACAGCAGAAUGCACAGCCAUUUAUACAGGACACAAUUCAAGAAUUUCUCGUCUGCUCUGCGCCGGACAACUCAUCUUUUCCAGCUCCAGCGAUCAUACUGUUCGUGCGUGGUUAUUCGAUUUAAAAGAAAUAAGUGAUGAGCAAGGGGAAGCUUGCAUAAAAAUAUUUGAAGGACAUUCAAAGGGAACGUACCCUCUUCUUCAUAUUCCCAUGGAUGAAAAUGCAGGAUUGGAUUUGGGAGCUGGAAUUCUGGUGACUGGGUCAGCUGACUGUACUGCUCGAACGUGGUCUGUGGAUUCCGGUCUUUGUCUAAAGAUAUUUCGUGGCCAUACAGCUCCAUUAAACUGCCUUGUAUACGAUGACCAAAAGCAAUUGUUAUAUACUGCUGGAGGGGAUGGUCUGAUACGAAGCUGGAACCUCAUGACAGGAGAGUCUAUGAAGACUCUGAGUGGACAUGAAGGACCUAUAUUUUGUGCACUGAUUUACAAGAGGAUGCUUUUUUCCGGUAGUUCCGACAAGUCGGCCAGAUCUUGGGUAUUGGAAUUUGGAGAAUGCACCCGGAUAUACCGAGGUCAUCGACACACAGUUUCUUCCAUACGCCACUUUGAUGGAAUGU